CCGACGAAACCCUAAUAUCUGGAGACUGGUUCACUUCUCAAUUCUCGUAUUGGAAUAAAAUUGUGUGGAUCUCAUCUGAAUUUAGAGAGAGAUAGAGAGAAUCCGAGCUUCCAUUUUCUCUAAACCUUCGGAUUCUAGACUGAUUUGUCUUUCCGACAGGGAAUUAGGAUGGACGAAGAAGAAGGUGGGAUUAGGUUGAGCAAGAGGUUUCCAGACAAAGGUGGAGAGGUCGACAACAAAACCAAGUCCGGAACAGCCUGGUCUCACAACUUUCUCAAUCAGAAACCAUGGCAUCCUCUCUCUUAUCGCAAUCAGCGUCGCUUGUGGAUCGCCGAGCAAACGGACGCCAAUCACCAGCGCCGCGCCGACGAAGCCGCCAGAGAGUAUUCCCAAGAACAAGAAUUCUUCCGCCAGACGGCACUUGUCUCUAAAAAGGAGAAAGAGAAGCUGGAAACAAUGAAAGCUGUGAGUUUUAUGUAUAUUCGGCCUCCGGGUUAUAAUCCUGAAAGUGCAAAAGCAGCAGAAGUUGCAGAUGAAAUGAAGAAGCAAGAAAUGGACAAACCUCAGCAAGAUGGAGCAGAAUUAAAUGAGGCGCAAUUGGAUGCUGCAAGCACUAAAGACCAACAGGGUGAUGCCAGGGCAAAGAAGAAACGAGUUCCUAGAGAUGUUUUUGGUCGUGCUGUACCUACAGAAGAACAAUUCGAAGUCCUUAAAAAUGCUCCUAGGAUGGAAACGGGUGCUCCUGCAAGAGUGAAUCCAUUUGGAGUUGAAGUGCGCAAUGUGAGAUGUCUUAGAUGCGGAAACUUUGGCCACCAAAGUGGCGAUAGGGAGUGUCCCCUGAAAGAUGUAAUAACGCCUAAUGAAGAGAGUCGUCUGAAGCGAGAUGACCCCCUAACGGCUAUCCAAUCCCAUACUGAUCUUAACGAGCCUUUGAAGUGGGAAUUGAAGCAAAAGCCAGGAAUGAGUCCUCCACGAGGGGGUUUCAAUGUGGACGAUCCCAACCAGCAGAUUGUUGCAGAAGACAUCUUUGAUGAAUACGGAGGAUUUCUUGGUGGAGACGUCAUGGCUAACUUGUUGACGGAUUUAUCUGACAAGAAAAAGAAGAAAAAAUCCAAAUCCAGCAGCGAUAAAAAGCAUAAACGGAAGUCAAGAACAAGUCCUGAAAGGAAGGAAUCAUCUUCUUCUGAUGAAGAAGAAGAUGAUAAAGGGAAGAGGAGGUCAAGAAAGAUGAAACCUAGCAAAAAAAAGCAUCAUUACAAGACUAGUUCAUCAGAAUCAGAGUCGAAGCACAGUAAAAGGAAAAGACACAGACAUACUUACAGAAGCUCAUCUGAAGAAGAUUUAGAACGACAUAGAAGUAGUAGUAGUAGGCAUCAUCGUCAUUUUUCCCGCUAUCGGUCAGGAUGACAAGGCAUGCAUAAUCCAUUUCUUCAAGUAAUUUUUUAAAUUAAUGUUCUUGAAGACAGGACCAUUUGAGUGUGUUCUUCUUCUAGUAGGUUGAGCUAUCUGGUUGCAGUUUAUGACCUAAUCAAUUGAUGCUAAAGAAGGUGGGAACAAUGGGGAAUAUUGUAAUAAAUAAACAAAAGAGGUU